ACGGAGGCAGGGAGAGGCGUGGACCCCCGACACACCGUGUGCUUGGCAUAAGCCUGGUGACCAGCUGCAGUCGCCCACAGCAACUUUGUGCAAAUCUAGAAAAGAUGCCCCUUCCUCUGGCUCCUGCAGUUUCAGGGUGCCCAGGCUGCCAGCCAAGAGCAUGUGCAGGUGGCCCUAGUGACACCCAGAAUCCUUGGGAGAACAAAGCCUCCCCGGGGGCAGGGGACGCGUGGGAUGGGAGGUAGACCUGGCUGGAGGUGCCUGGGGGGCUGGGGGCCUUUCGGGGUGGGGCAGGGCAAGGGUAUGAGUCACUGCUGGGCUGCCAAAGCUCACUCUGCAGUUGUCCAGUCCCCUGGGGUGGCCCCAAGCCUGUCCUUGUAGGGAGUGGCAGCCGGAGUCCGAGCUGCCCUGGGGGACCAAGCAGGAGCUUAAGAUGGGCAAGACCCAGUGUUCUAGGCAGAUGCAUUGAAGCAGGCAGAACCAGGCAUGGCCAGCAGGAAGACCAAGAAGAAGGAAGGGGGGGCCCUCCGGGCCCAGAGGGCAUCAUCCAACGUCUUCUCCAACUUCGAGCAGACUCAGAUCCAGGAGUUCAAGGAGGCGUUCACACUCAUGGAUCAGAACCGAGACGGCUUCAUUGAUAAGGAGGACCUGAAGGACACCUACGCCUCCCUGGGCAAGACCAACGUCAAGGACGACGAGCUGGACGCCAUGCUCAAAGAGGCCUCGGGGCCCAUCAACUUCACCAUGUUUCUCAACCUGUUCGGGGAGAAGCUGAGUGGUACCGACGCAGAGGAGACCAUUCUAAACGCCUUCAAGAUGCUGGACCCGGAUGGGAAAGGGAAAAUCAACAAGGAGUACAUCAAGCGUCUGCUGAUGUCCCAGGCUGACAAGAUGACGGCGGAUGAGGUGGACCAGAUGUUCCAGUUCGCCUCCAUCGACGCCGCCGGCAACCUGGACUACAAGGCGCUGAGCUACGUGAUCACCCACGGGGAGGAGAAGGAGGAGUGAGGCGCGGCCCCUUCAAUAAACCUGGACGCUGGGCCCUG